UAGACCUCAUCGUGGCAUGGGUUGAUUCAUUGACCUCUAUACUUUCCUUUUUCGGCUAUUACACUCUCUCUCCAUACUUCCACAAAUAGAAAGGUUUUUCUUUUCUUGAAUGUUGUCGUUUGGAUCGUUCUCAGAGAAAUGCGACGGCGGAGGAAGACGGUUGUGGUGGCGGUUGUGAUACGGAGGGUGCUAAUAUGCGCCAUAUGUGCAAUGACAUUACUUGGCUUUCUCAUCGUACAUUUUUACGUUGCUCCUCUCAAUAGACUCCCUAGGCUUCAUCUUAAUUAUCAGCGCAACACUCGCCGAGGAGAUGACAUCGAUUACAACAAAUCUAUCACAGAACAGAGCUUGAAGAGGAACUUGUCUCGUGUGAAAUCCACUGAAGCUCCUCUUAUCACCAAACCAAAGAACAGUGAGGUUCAGUAUCAGAGUUUAACAUCGGAAUACAACACCGAGCUAGUUCCUCCUUCUUCUAAUUCCAAGUUGAACAUUACAAGCGGGAUCCCGGAUUUCGAAAAGCUUUGGAAACCUCCACACAACCGCAAUUUCGUCCCUUGUGUCAACCCCACUCCUAGUUACACAUCUCCAUUGGAAACUAGAGGCUAUCUUCUUGUUCACACGAAUGGCGGGCUUAACCAAAUGCGCGCUGGGAUAUGUGAUAUGGUAGCUAUUGCUCGUAUUAUAAAUGCAACACUUGUAGUCCCAGAGCUCGAUAAACGAUCUUUCUGGCAGGAUACUAGCAAAUUCUCGGAUGUGUUUGAUGAAGAUCACUUCAUCAAUGCGUUGUCUAAAGAUGUAAAAGUCAUCAAGAAGCUUCCAAAAGGUAUUGAUGGACUCACAAAGGUGGUUAAGCAUUUCAAAAGCUAUUCAGGAUUGAGUUACUACCAGAAAGAGAUAGCUAGUAUGUGGGAUGAAUACAAGGUGAUUCGAGCCGCUAAAUCCGAUUCACGUCUAGCAAACAACAAUCUACCUCCGGAUAUCCAGAAGCUGCGUUGCCGUGCUUGCUACGAGGCUCUACGCUUCUCUCCUAAAAUCAAAUCAAUGGGACAACUUUUGGUUGAUAGGAUGAGGUCUUAUGGUCUAUACAUCGCGUUGCAUUUGAGAUUCGAGAAAGAUAUGCUAGCUUUCAGCGGCUGCAACCACGGUUUAUCCGCUCCUGAAGCUGCUGAGCUUAGGAAGAUAAGGAAGAAUACAGCGUAUUGGAAAGUGAAAGACAUUGAUGGAAGAGUACAAAGGCUCAAAGGGUAUUGCCCAUUGACUCCAAAAGAAGUUAGAAUUUUUCUAACAGCUCUUGGAUAUUCAUCAAACACACCAAUAUAUAUAGCUGCUGGUGAGAUAUAUGGUGGUGAGUCUCGGUUAGCCGAUCUACGAUCUCGUUUCUCAAUGUUAAUGAGUAAGGAAAAAUUGGCAACAAGAGAAGAGCUUAAGCCUUUUAUGAACCACUCAACUCAAAUGGCUGCACUUGACUACAUUGUUUCCGUCGAAAGCGAUGUUUUUAUUCCGUCAUAUAGUGGAAACAUGGCGAGAGCUGUUGAAGGGCAUCGCCGGUAUCUUGGACACCGGAAAACUAUCUCUCCGGACAGGAAAGCCAUUGUGAGGUUGAUAGACAGGAUUGGAAAGGGAGCUGAAAAAGAUAACCAGAAAGUGUAUGAAAGAAUUGUAGAUAUUCACAAAACCAAACAAGGGUCACCGAGGAGGAGAAAAGGGCCAGCUUCGGGAACAAAGGGUUUGGAGAGACAUCGUUCUGAGGAAUCCUUCUAUGAAAACCCAUUACCGGACUGUAUCUGCCAGAAAGACCGCAGUUGAAUGAGAUAAUGGACAUGACGCUAGUAUUUUUCAUGCUCUUUAGCAUUGAAGAUGGAGUUUCAUUGAUACUCAUAGGCGUAUUAUAGGUAAUACCGUUAUAGCAUUAUAGGGAAAGCUACGUCUGGCUGAUGAACUAUAUCAUGUUAUCAAACAGUUUGGUGAUUAGUGAACAAUCAAUAUGUCUUCCAAAGUUUUA